GAGCUUAGCCUCGCCGAGGUCCUGACGGAAGAGCUGCAUCACCAAGAAAAAAUGGUACUGUGCUGGCAUAUCGCUCGCGCUGUCCUGGACCUGUUUGCCACCGGCUGGCUGGCUCCCGACUGGGGCAUCACGGACAUAGUCAUCUUCGGUUGGGCGGACGGCAACUCCCGCCAUCUUGACUUGCGCCACCCCUAUCUCUCGGUCGACUCCAUCGACGACGCGGCAGCAUGGCUGGAUCGGGCUCACAUAUGCUCGCCAGAUCUGGACCCCGUACACCCCUUCCCGCACAUCCUGAGCCUCGGCGUUGUGCUCUUGCAAGUGCUUCUCGGGGACAGGCUUGAAAAGCUCGGCCUGGGCGGAGAUGAGAAAGGCGACAUGCGCCGUAAGACGGAUCAGGCUCACAGACUACGGUCCGAGUGCGAGCUCCGGUUUCCGUCGAGGUGGCCGAUCAUGGAGGCCGCCAACCUCUGUAUCGAAUUCCGCGCGUCUUCGUGGGGACCGGCGAGCCUCGGCAGUACCGUUGCCACGAGAGCAAACCUCUUGCGGGCGUGGAAAAAUGUCGUUUCCUGCCUCGAACGAGGGGUCCUGGAUAACCAACGCCUUCCUCAGACGAACUUCGGUCUCUCCCGUAACAAGUUCCUGGCGCCGUUAAGGGCCAUCUCGAACGGUCUGCGAGCGAUCGGUGACAGGGAUAUGGACGGUGCCUUCCGGCCCGAUAGGGUGUGGGACAACAUGGUCCGCGUCGCCAUCCUGGACACGGGCUGCAACUUUAGCCAGCCGCUCAUGAAGGGGCUCAUCGUGGGCCACAACGGCGGGGAUAGCGAGAUUCCAAAGACCCAGCGCCGGCCAGGCAUCGUAGGGUGGAAGGACUUUGUUCGCGGCGAGGCAGCCCAGCCAGGAGAGCCCCUCAGUGACACGGCGGAAAACCAACACGGGAGCGUUAUGACGUACCUGUUCACGCAAACCAUGUCGCAUGCCAAACUCUACAUUGGGCGGGUCAUGGAGCACGCGUCAAGCUCAGACCCGCUGACCCCUGAAAGGGUUGCCGAGGCUGCCGAGUAUGCCGUCAACGUGUGGAAGGCAGACAUCAUCUCGAUAUCCAUGGCCAUCGACGCAACGUCGGAGCAUGUCCGCGAGCGGCUCGACGCGGUGAGCAGGCGCGCGCUGGUCUUUGCGGCGGCGGGCAACAACCGCGGGCCGGACCGGAGCCCGAUCGCGUACCCGGCGUCGUCGGGAACGGCCAUCUGCGUGCACUCGCACGACGGCCACGGCAAGCCGUCGGAGUUCAGCCCGGACCCGCAGCCCAACGCGCCCAACUUCCAGGUCAUCGGCCAGGACCUGCGGGUCCCCAGCCUAAGCCAAAGCGUCCACGGCAGCGAGGAGGUUGUUCAAGGCACGUCGUGCGCCACGGCCAUCGCCGCCGCCAUCGGCGCGCUCGUGCUCGACUUUGCGCGCGCGUACGCCGCCGUCGAAACGGAGAAGCAGCCCUCCCUGGCCGACCCCGAGGGGCCCAAGGACUACAUGUCGUGGAUCCUGCACCUGCUGGUCACGAAACACGACCUCCUCAGAAAGGAGCAGGUCAUGAAGCAGGUGCUGUACUAUCUCAUGACGACGACGUCGCUCCGCGCGUUCGGCAAGUUUAACAUGGUGAAGCCGCAGUUGCUGUUCCGCGUGGGCGAGCCCGGCUGGAUAGAGCGCGCGGCGGUGCAGCUCGGGCAGGAGCUGGAGAAGGUCCAUGAGAAUCGUGAUCCCCAGCGUUUUUGA